AAAAGAGAGAUUUCAAUGGUGACAGAAGCCAUGAAAGCCAAGGCAGAGGUGUACCAUGGAGACAAGACAUGCAGAGAGAAGUUCGGUUCGCUUCUAUCCGAAAUCGGUGUACCAAACUGGCUCCUUAGUAACAAGGAGAUCGAGGAAUGUGGUUACGUGAAGGACACGGGUUUCGUGUGGCUAAAGCACAAGAACAAGAAGAAGAAUAAAGAAGAUCAGAAGAAAAGGAGAUAUGAUGAUGAUGGUCAAGACUUGUUUAGAUUCGAUAACGUUGUUGUAUGUUUCGAAGAUGAAGUCACUGCGUUUUUGGAGCCGAACAAAAUCAAGAAACUCACUGGGGUUAAGGCUAAAGAUUUCGUGGUCUGGAUCUCGCUCGGUGAGAUUCAUGUGAACCGGUCUACUAGUUUGAUUACGUUUAAGACACAGGUCGGUUUAUUGUCUAAGUCAUUGCCUUUGUCGGUGUUUGAAGACGUUCAUGGUCAUGAUGCAUGAUGCAUGAUGCAUGAUCUUAAUGAGAAGCCAACAAAGGUUCAACAAAAAUUCAACAAGAUUAAAAAGAAAAACAUAAGAAAUCAACUGCAUAUUAAUUCUUUAAUG